AUGGGCUCAUUAAAAUACGCUUAUCUCCAGCGUCGUGGUGAAUCCGACUUCACGGACGGUGGACCGACAUACUCGAUGGGCCAUCUACUGUUUGUCUUCUUCACCCUCCUGCUCAUGGCAUCUCUGUGCUCCCUGGCUCUGUACUUCCUGCGCCGGCGACGGCUGGCGAGAGAGCGAGCCGCACUAUUACCCAUUCACCAGCAGUCAUUACACCAUCGCUCGCCGUCGAUCAGCCACUUUGGUCACCAGGACAAGAACGAAUCCAUCUUCGUUUACGAUGAAAAGAUGAACCUGAUCCACAACUCCUCGAGCCCUCCGUCGGCAGCAGUUCCGGAAAUCCACAUCACCUUCCCCGAUGAAGAGGGCAAGACUGGCUUGCAAAAAGGGCGCGUCGUCGUGGUCCAUAUUACGGAUUCGGGAAGCGUCGGCAUGGAGCCACUCAACCAAGAAACUCUGCCACCAUAUCAGAAAGAAGAUGGCGAACGGUUUCAGUCACUCGACCUCGAGCGGAUAGGCGGGCUCAAGGAAAAGGAACCUUCGAGCCGGAGAUUCUCAUGA